GAUGUUGGAAGAAGGCUUCCGUCUCACUGAUGUUCUUUCAGGGGUCUCUACGCUAAAUUACAGUGCAGGAUCAUUACAAUGAUCUCACGGGAAACUCUAACUUUAUUUUCACUGCUCUCUGGCUUUCAAGCAUACAAGCACAGCUUCUCAUUCAAACAAUCUGCGAUACAACAACCAGAAUCCUCUGCAACGGACGUUCCUAUGUUCGAGAAUGUUGUCCUCGAAAUCAGCCUGCAUGUCACAAUGUCAGCCUUGUGCACCAGAUCUCUACCUCUGUAUCGACCAUACGAACUUGCCCCAGACCGACAAUGCGAAGACGAGUCUGCGAACAUUGUUCGGCAAAUUGUAAGAACAAUCAAAAUCUGCUUCAGCAAAAAACAGCGUUUCACCACCGCCUACCUCCUUCUCCUUCCUUGUCACCGACUCUUCUGACACACUUUCAAACCAUCUUCAAAGCACACCACAGAUUCAUAGCUGUAUCUCGACGACAUCUGCGAAAUCAUCCCGUGUGGGGGACACCAACAAUCACAAGGACAAGAUUACAUUGGGUUGGGGCAGAAUGCUGAAGAUGGUAUAUUAUGGGCAGACCAUGGCUCCUGAACCGCUUCUUACUCGAGACCAAGUGCGAAGCCUGA